AUGCCUAUCUCUGCUAUGGUCCUGUCUGUCUUCUUUUUGUACUGCAUCUCUCCCCAUGUUGUGUAUGGGCAAUGCAACGGAGGGCUCGCUCUAUGCAAUCAGUCCUACAGCGACAUCACUCAUCUGGUCACGCACGACAGCUACGCCAAUCUCACUCCGAACUUAGCUUCCACGCAAGAGCGUACGAUUGUAGAGCAGUUAAACGAUGGUGUACGUGGUCUAAAGUUGUCGGCGGUACCGUCUGUCUUCCAUCCUGAAGAGAUCCACUUGUGUCAUACGUCUUGUCUACUGUUGAAUGCUGGAAAAGCCGUUGAUACGUUGAAUACGAUUGCAGAUUGGGUAGCCGACCAUCCAAACGAAGUAGUGACGAUUAUGUGGAAUAACCUUUAUUCCUUCACGGCAGAGCAACUCGCGAGUGUGUAUACAGCGAGUCGAAUGAUGCCGUUUAUAUACGAUCUCUAUAAUGGAACACAUCAUCUCCAAGGGGAUGGAAAAGUUAGCCAAGCAUGGCCGACACUACAGCAGAUGAUUGAUGGGAAUAAACGAGUGGUUAAUUUUAUUGAUGCAGAAGCCGAUAUGAAUCAGGUGCCUUGGUUAAUAGAUCAGUUUUCAAUUUGCUUUGAAACACCUUAUGAUUAUACAGACCCCAGCCAAUUUAACUGCAACGUGGAUCGCAUAGCAGAUGGGCUGUCUCCUUCUUCUGGCGACGAUAAAGAAGCCGUGGGCAACAAUACUCCGUCGACCGAGAUAAAGAACAUGAUGUACGUUCUCAAUCAUUUUUUGUACGGUUCCAUUGAAGUGGGUUCUUUCAAGGUGGAGAUACCUCAAAGACAUAAAGCCAGGCAAACCAACUCACGGGCAUCGCUUAUGCCACAUGUGCAGAAUUGCACGCGUACGUUUCACAAAAAGCCCACCUUUUUAGAGGUGGACUUUUAUUCGAUAGGAGACGCUCUUUCUGUGGCGGCUGAAUUAAACCAAGCCAAGAGUCCAUCCGAUGUACUUGAGCUUACGAUCGAUACAGCAGCCGCAGGCGCAGACGUGAUACCUUCAGAGCCCUCGGAAGAUACGAACCAGAGCAAGCUUUCACCCACGCAACAUGUGCUGAUCGACAAUCAAGCCAGCAAAAGUAGUAUCAAAAGUAGGCUUUGUCUAUUGUUCGUAUGGGCCGCCACGGCCACUCUGUUGAUGCCACCACCGAUGCACUCCCUCCUGCUUGUUUUCUACGAUUUUCUGAAAUAA